UGUAUAAAUUGUCACCUUUAUACCCACUGUCAGCAUAAUAAAACUAGAUAAGAUGGUAGUAUCAGCCUUAUUCCUCAGAAAAAUCAGGGGAAUGGGGAUAGUUUGGUUGAUAUUCCAGCAAGAUGCCUUUAUCGAAUCAAAAGCGGAGGUGAAGUGUUGGUGAAAUAAAUUGGGUGCAUUUUUUGCCUGAAGAUAAAACAGGUCAUGUAAUUAGCAAUCAGCCAUAUCAAGAUGGCCUCUCUUUUGACUCUGAAACUGUCAAAACUUGCCAAGGCAGUGGCUGAAAACCUACCUAAAGUUAGUGAUGCUGGUGCAGCGGCAUUAUCCGGUAUCCCCAUCAGGAAAUCUUCUCCAGUGUCCUUCAGAGACUUCAUCAGAAGAAUAUCACUCUGUGGGUGUCAGGAUGAAAUUGAGCUGACAAUCCAGGCCGAGUUGGCCAGUAUGGAGCAGCUGCUGGCGCUGCCCUCGGCCGAGUGCACGGUGCGCGCUCAGGCACUCAGUGUGGCCGUCUACUGUCACCUGCUCGGCUAUGACGUGCGCUUCAUCUGCAUCCAUGCCAUCACUCUGGCGCAGCAAGGCUCACUGCUGCAAAAGCGAAUGGGCUACCUGGCCGUGUCGCUGCUGCUGAGGCCCACCGACGAGUUGGCCGUGCUGCUGGUCAACACUGUGCUGGGCGACUUACGUAGCGGCGACGUGCUGGUCCUCUGCACCGGCCUCAACAUGGUCUGCCACCUGGUUACGGCCGACAACGCCGCCACCUUCCUGCCGGCCGUGCUCAGCAAGCUCAAACACCGCCAGGCGGUGGUGCGGGACAAGGCGACGCGCGCGCUGCACAGUCUGCUGCUGUGCUCGCCGGAGCUGUUGCCCGGCCAGCUGGAGGCUGUGGAGACGGCGCUGCUGGACCGAGACCCGCUCGUCAUGGCGUCGGCCGUCCAGCUGUGCCUCACCUGA